UAAAAUACUCCUAACAGUAGAUUUCACCGUUAGUUCCAAAGCUUUGAAACGCACAGGUCAUGAAGCUCAGUCUAAUUACUGCAUAUUCCCGUUCUUCUCCGACCACCGUCACUCUCAUCUCCGGCUAUUCCUAUGCUAAUAAAACGGCGACGUACAGAGUGAAAUUUCCCUCUUCCUUCCGACUCAGCUCUGGCAACAAAAUCUCUAAUAGCUUCUCCCUGACGAUUUGUUCGUUCAAAUCAUCAUCCAACGUUGACUCCACCGGCACCGAAACGGAAGCCUACAAUCAAAGCAUAGAUGGAGAAAUUUCGUCGCUCAAUGUUGAAGUCGGAAGCCCUAGAAUUCUACCAACCUUGUUCAUUCCUAAAUUUAGCUUAAGUGACCAAGCUUUCUUUCUAUUGGCCUUCAUUGCUUGCACGACGUCGGUGGCUUUCACAAGCCUGGUAGUUGCAGCUGUACCAACACUAUUUGCAAUGCGUAGAGCAGCAAUAUCUCUGUCAAAGUUGGCAGACACUGCUCGAGAGGAGCUUCCUAGUACAAUGGCUGCUAUCAGGCUGUCUGGAAUGGAAAUCAGUGACCUUACACUGGAAUUGAGUGAUUUAAGUCAAGAGAUAGCUGAUGGUGUCAACAAAUCUGCUCGAGCUGUGCAAGCAGCAGAAGCUGGAAUCAAACAAAUUGGGUCUCUUGCUCACCAGCAAACAAUGUCAAUGAUUCAGGAGAGAGCAGAUCUGCCAGCCAUAUCUUUGCAGCCAGUUGUAGCUGGGGCAGCAAAGAAGACUUCUCGUGCUGUUAGCCAAGCCACGAGAAGAUUUAUAAAUAUGAUCUCUGGAGGUGAACUUGGCUCAGAAAUGGAAGACAAUGGUGAAGUUGAUGCGGAAUCUUAGAGAGUCAGUACAUUCCACUACUUCACUCGAUCAUUGGCAAACAUGUUUAUAUGUUCCUCACAAACUUUUGAACAUGUAUAGCACAUGUAAAAGCUAUGAUUCAGAACGUUUCUUUCAGUAAAUAUUUAGUCAUCUUUCAAGAAAUGAGAUUGGCAGCUAAAUUUUUGACGCCUCGCUGUGUGGCAAGGAGAGUUUCUUCUGCUCAAAUAUGCGUUGAGAUUGUCAGAACUGCACGGCAACCAUGAUUAUCCUGUUAUUCACAAGUAAGAAUUACUUAAUAUGUUCAAUGUUAUGUUUAAGCAUUUGACAAGAACAAUAUGAAACUUUUUUCGGCUAGACCA